AUGGGUAAAAACAAGAAAAAUUCUUCAUCCUUACAAACGCCAUGGAAGAAGAUCGAAGUUGACUUCAAUGGAGAGAAAUCUUUAAUCAAUGGAGCUGAUGUUUUUGAAGAAAUUGACGUUCAAGAAUUGGAGAGUAAAAUAUUGCAUCCUCUUUUGAAAAGUGGCGCGAGCUUUGAAGCCGUUUUGUCUCGAAUAAUCGAAUGGAAAGGAUAUCUACAACCUCGUUCCGAGUGUUUAUACUCUGAAUUGGAUUCAAAAAUAAAAGAAGAAUUUGAACAUAUUCGUGUUACGCUGCCACAACCCUUUGAUGAAUAUCAAUGGCAGGAACUGGAAACAAUUACUGAAAUUGAUCUCAACAAGACACCAAUUUCUAUCAAUGGUAUUCCAGCAUCGACUAUUACUAUUUGCAAUUCACUCCGAAUUCUUCUGAAAGAUCUAAAUGUUAAUGCACGAAGUGUUGAAGUUUUUCCGUUUGAAGUCGAUUCGUUCGGACUUCCUCCUAUCAAUUGUAAAAAGAUUUGGAAUCCCCUCAUAUGGUUAAGGUUGGAAAUUGAAAAGAAAAUCAAAGAAUUCUGUCAGAAUGAUCUACCUAUAAUCAAUCAGCUCGUCACUUCAUUAGAUCUUGCUCCCAAGGAAGGACAUUUUGAGAAGCUGGCGGUUACUUCUUUUUUCUUGGAAAAAACUGCGGACAAUCUGGAUUAUUCUAAAAGUGACAACAAAGAUAAGUUUAUGAGUGACCUACAGAUGAUGUUUGGGACAACGAAAGUUGAUGAGUUGACAAUGGUGCUUCCGGAUAUUUUGAUGGCAUACAGUGAAGAAUUGGUUGAAAGAGUGAUGCAAGUGUCAUACUUCAUACCAUUCGAACUAUUCCGUCUAAUGUUUUUAUGCUGGCAACCAAAAGUGCUAAGACUCCGAUUACGCUCGGAAGCAUGUUCUUCUAUUGAAGAUGCUGCAAGAAUUGAAUGGGAUGAUGAAGAUGUUUUCACAUCAACAACCCUUUUCAAUUGUCCCCUUUUCGAUAGAUGCGAGCCAGUUUCAUUGGGAGAUGAAUCUGAAAUUCUUGAAUGUUCUCUGAUAGUGGAAACAACCGGAAGUCGUCUUUUUGAUCCGAUUUAUAAUGAAAAGAAUUUCGACACUGUUGGUAGAGAUUUCUUGAUCCUAUUUCCGAUGCAUACAAUUUUGAUAAAAAAGACUGUGACUCUGAAAAGCGGAGCAUCUGUGAAGACACAAUUAAAACAACAAAUUGAUUUUAUCGUGAACACGUUUUUCUGCAACGCAGAAGAACAUCAGGAACGUGUUGUCCACUACGAACUAGUAUUCGCAAAUUCAAGAGAAGUCCAAAUGAGCGUCGUAAGAAAAUGUAUUCCUCAGACAGCGAACAAACGAAAAAUCGGUGUCAAUUACAACGUUGAGCAAGAUACAAAAUCUUUAUUCAACAAAUACGGAAGCUCUCAAGAAGGGAAGUACUUGUUUGUCAGCUUCUUUGAUAUUGAGAAUCAGGUUAUCGUAGAUGUCAAAAUAAUUUUGACUUCUUAA